GUGUGGAAGUGUCAUCACUGUUCGAAUGUAUUAUUUAAUGUUCUACAUGAACAGGUCUCUAGAUCAGAACUGAUCACCCUGGAAAGUAAUCUUCUUGCCUCCAUUUAUUUCUUAAAUACACCCAGCGGGAAUUCCAGCCCCAGUGUAUUUUGGAGUGGCCAUAGAUACCACUUGCCUGAAAUGGGGAAGCAAGAGAUGUGGAGGAAGAGGAGCAUGCAGACUCUAUGACUCCAGUGCACUCAGAUCUGAAGAGGGUUUGUUUCAAGUGACCCAUUUUUUCCGAGGGGCUCUGCAGUGGCAUCUGGAUCUUCCUUCAGAAAUCUGUUUUGUUUGUAGUUGGAGUUGCACAAACGGAUCACUCAGUAAAGAAAUCAACCAUGACAGUGGAAACCGAAUCCAGCAAUGUUGAUGACUCAAAUCAGGAAGCAGAACCUGCCCAGCUUUUGGAUGAUGAAGCAAACAAAAAUCUAGCAGUCAAAAAGAAAACUUCCUGUUGCACUGGCUUGAAGGCAUUUCUUGCUGCUUUAUCAUUCAGCUACUUGAGUAAAGCGUUGUCUGGUACGAUUAUGAAAAGCUCCAUCACUCAGAUUGAACGAAGGUUUGACCUGACAUCCUCUACUGUUGGUUUCAUCGAUGGGAGCUUUGAGAUGGGUAACUUGUUGGUGAUUGCAUUUGUAAGCUACUUUGGAGCUAAACUUCACAGGCCCAAAGUAAUAGCUGCUGGAUGCUUUACUAUGGCUUUGGGAAGUCUUUUAACAGCAAUGCCUCAUUUCUUCAUGGGCUAUUAUAAGUAUGAGACAGCAUCACGUACAGCUUCUUCAGUCAACUUAACUUCAAGCAUAAAUCCCUGUUCUAUGCAUCAAGAUGUGAACGAAACCUUGUUGGAAGUCUCCCAAUCAGGAUGUGAGAAGGAACCAUCAUCAUAUAUGUGGAUAUACAUCUUCCUGGGAAACAUGUUACGUGGAAUUGGUGAGACACCAAUAACACCAUUGGGCAUCUCUUAUCUUGAUGAUUUUGCUAAAGAAGAGGAUGUUCCUGUGUAUGUAGCAUGUUUGCACACAAUAGCCAUGUUGGGCCCAAUGUUUGGUUUCCUGUUGGGAUCUUUAUGUGCAAAACUGUACGUGGAUAUUGGAUUUGUGGAUUUAGGAAGCAUCACUAUCACCCCACAGGAUUCCCGCUGGGUGGGUGCAUGGUGGCUUGGAUUUUUAAUAAGUGGAGUAACCAGUUUUCUAGCUGCUAUUCCAUUUUGCUUCCUGCCAAAGAGUCUGAAAAAGCCGGAGGAAGCUAAUAAUGACAAAGCUUCAUAUGGCCUCUUGGAAAACAUGGGCGCCCCAAGGAAGACAGUUCCUUCUGCAAAACCUAAGCGAAGGAAGUGGUCAGUAAUGCUGAAAGAUUUCUAUACCUCCCUGAAAAAAGUAUUGAGUAAUCGAAUGUACUUUACAUUUUUGUGUUGCUCACUGUUACAGUUCAGUAGCUUUAUUGGUUUCUUGACUUACAAACCAAAGUACAUGGAACAGCAGUAUGGACAAUCUGCAUCUAAAUCUAACUUUCUAAUAGGACUAACAACCUUACCUCCUGUAGGUAUUGGGAUUUUCCUAGGAGGGCUCAUAAUGAAAAAGUACAAAAUGAGCAUCAUUGGAGCAACCAAGUUUGCAUUUACCAUGUCAUUUUUGGCCUAUGUCAUCACUCUCUUGCACUUUUUUGUUGGCUGUGAGAACCAUGUGGUAGCAGGAAGCAGUUCCAUAAUUUUUCACUACAGUCCAUUUAUCAAGCCAUACUGGUUCACAGCUGAAAAGGUGGAAAUGGACAGGCAGGGUGCCAAGGUUUGGAACCUGAGGACUAAUGGUAUUUUGCUUAUCCUGUACCCUGCAACGUUUUCACUAACAAUGCAAAUGGUGGACCAGGGAAUGCACUUAGUAAGCACUGAGAUGAAAGAGAUGGCAAGCAUCAAACCCAUUCCGUACCACGAAAAUGCCAUAUUUUCUGAGUGCAACUCUGACUGCAAAUGUGCCUCCAACGUGUGGGAUCCUGUGUGUGGAGACAACGGACUCACAUAUGUUUCGGCAUGUCUAGCUGGGUGUACAACUUCGGUGGGACAUGGAAAGAACACAGUCUUCCAUAACUGCAGCUGUCUUGAAACCAGCAGUUCAUGGACAGGAAAUAACUCUGCCACUUUGGGACAAUGUCCAAAAAGUGAGGAUUGUUCAAUGAAGUUUAUUUAUUAUACAGUAAUACAAGUCAUAGGUGGCUUUUGUUAUGCAUUGGGAGGCACCCCGUCAUACAUGAUCAUGUUUAGAUGUGUUCAGCCAGAGGUGAAAUCUCUCGCGGUUGGUCUAUACACACUCAUUAUGAGAACGCUAGCUGGGAUUCCAGCACCAGUUUAUUUUGGUGCACUGAUCGACAAGACAUGCUUGAAAUGGGGAAGCACAAGCUGUGGGCAGCGAGGGGCUUGCAGGCUAUAUGACUCCAAUGCAUACAGGUAUGUCUACCUUGGUUUAUCAGUGGUGUUAAGAGGUCCUUCCUACUUGAUUGCAAUCAUUCUUUUUAUAUUAAUAAAGAAACACUUUCAAAAUAAGAACUCCAGGCCUAUAGAGAAUGUAGGAAAAGAAGAUGCUCCUAUGAAUACAGAAGAUAAUUGCAAGAUCAAAGAGCAUUUGCCAGGUUCUUCUGAUGCAGAGAAUGAAUCAAGUAUUUAGAAAGCCAUUUAGACCAGUGUCACAUGAAUCAGGACAGCUUCUUUUAGAAACAACCUUCACAAUGUUAUGAAUAACUAAAUAAUAAAUAAUAAUACCAUUCAGAAAUUAAAACUAAUAGCAAACCUGUGAUCAACAACAAGAAAAACUAACA